AUGCCCCCUAAACAGCAACAACAAGGUGGAUCGAGGAAGCUGAGCAAAGAGGAGCGGGAGAAGCUGAAACGCCUCGAACAAGAGGGGCGGCGGCAGAGAGAAGCAGAAGAGGCCAAGAUAAGGGAAGAGGAAGAAGAGGCGGCUAGACUUCAAAAGGAGGCAGAAGAAGAGGCGAAGAGGGAAGCGAGAAGAAUACAGCAGAAGAAAUGGCGUUUCGAGCAAAUGAUGCAGACCAGAAAGGUGACAAGGGACCUGGACCAUGCCAUGGAGAUGACGCGAGACAGACUCAUGGAAGAAGAAGAGUGGGAGCGCAUGAUGCGGUGUGACGGCCUACCCGACCCGACCAGCGUUCCGGAAAUGAACAGAUACCUGAGUCUGUGGCGGGCAGACGAGGGCACAGCCACACUCAAAGGAGCUUUGCAGAAAACAGACCAAGUGAUUCAUGUCAUUUCGGAACUGGAAGGAGUCAUGGAAGAAAGAGAUGCGACAGAAAAACAACUGAGAGACUGGAGAGAGAUCUGGCUGGAACUCCAGGCCGAACAGAAGAGCAAAUUAAACGAGGCGACUUACAACCAACUCCUGGAUCUCCGCGGAUACUCGACAAUGAAAAAACCGGGGGUUUAUUCGUUCUUCACCUCUUCUCCGCUCGUGUCCCUUGCUCUUUGGAGCAAUACUACGCGGUCGCCGAAGAAUAACAUUCACAAGAUAGACGAACUCGGGUUCACGUUCACGCUCCCGGCCGACCUCUCCGAGAUGGAGUGCGUCGUCAGGGUGAUGAGGACCGAGUACGACCACUACUCCAAGUUCGCCAGGACCUUCGACACGCCCAACGUUCCAGAGCCCCUCGGGGAACUGCUCGAGGAAGACAUUCCCGAAGAGGACCCACCUCCCCCAGAGGAUCAAUCCCAGGAGGCGGCAGUCAUCUAUGAGAGUUUACAGUACAGUGAAUAUCAGAUAUGGUGCGGAAACCUUUCGUCAUUCUCUCUUCAUCCAUCCGCAGAGGAAGACAUUCCCGAAGAGGACCCACCUCCCCCAGAGGAUCAAUCCCAGGAGGCGGAAGGCGAUGGAAAGGACAAUAUGGGAGCGCCUCCAGCUGCCCCACCAAAACCCAAGUCCCCUCACCUCACAGACACAGCCCCAGGGGAGUUGAAUUUGAGAAAGCACCGCGUCCAAGGAGGUAUAUACACAAUCGACUUACUGGAGGUGCCUCCUCAACCAAGAGUUCUUGUGGACUGCACCAUCACGCAAGUUGAAGAAGUUUGCAGCGUGUCCCGUAUUCACUGGCAAGCCAAAUAUAACCCUCCAAAUUCGUCCGGGGAAGGAAGCAGCCAAAGGAGACGUGAUCCUGAGGCCGUUGAGCAAGAAAUGAGGCAGCUGGAGAAGGAACUUCAGAAAUUACUCCUCAUCACAAUAAAACUACCUGAUUCUGCCUUUUGGUUUGAGCCCCCCUUGAUGGUCCUGUGGGACGAAGUGAAUCGGUACUGGACGAAUGUCUACUUUCAGGAUGUAAAGUACAACGAAGAACAGUGUGUUAUGCAGUUCCGCACCACUCGCCUAGGCGUCAUGGGUCUAGCGAUGAACCGCUACGCAAACCUGCCUUUCCAGAGCUGGGAAUUGAAACCGAGGGGAACCGACGCCGUUUCUCUCACUCUCAGUGCAGCUGUCGUCCAGGCGGAGUUUACGAUCAUGGAAGGAAACGUUCAACUGUCGAACCUUCAAGAUGGCGCCCGCAGUGCCCUUUCACACCUAUAUAACAAACCAAUGAAGCCGAAGACUCUCAUUAAUACCCUGCAGUUUUACGGCAUCAAUCUAUUCCCCGAUCGAGACAGUUACUGCUAUAUAGACGGACUACCAUCCAAACACCGCCCUACGGAACAACACCUGUACCGCUGCAUGGCCCUGGUGGCACCCGCCAUCAACUUCGCCUGGAGUCGCUGGAACCUCUUGGCUGGACAGAAUAAACUCGUCUUCCAGAUGAAGACUAAGAAACUGAUCUCUGAUGAGAGUCAGGUGGGACAGCCUCUGGUGCUGGUGACUCCCCAGAGGACGUGUGUCCUGGAAUGCACGGAAAUAUCUCAGGCCUUCUCCAUGAAUCAGGAAGACCCCGAAAAGUACCACGCUGACCUCUACCAGAUGGUCCUCGACGACUUAGGACCGGAAGUGAAUCAAAUCGUCAAGGCAGCGUCGCCUGUCUUCACCCACACAAUCCACACGAUGCUGAAGUCGUCGUCGAUUAUCUCGUACUGCUAAGCGACUCACGAAUUCUCUCGUGCUGCUAAAGUGACUGACGAUUUAUCUCUUGCUGCUAAACAACUGACGAAUUAUCUCAUGCUGCUAAAUGACUAACGAAUUAUCUUGCGCUACUAAAAUGACUGACGAAUUAUCUCGUGGUGAUAAACGACUGACAAAUUAUCUCGUGCUGUAAAUGACUGACGAAUUAUCUCGCGCUACUAAAAUGACUGACGAAUUAUCUCGUACUGCCAAAUUAUUGACGAAUUAUCACGUGCUGCUAAGCCACUGACAAAGUAUCCUGUGCUGCUAAAUGACUGGUGAAUUAUCUCGUGCUCAGAAACGGCUGAUAAAUGAUCUCAUGCUGCUUAAUAGCUGACAUCUCAUGCUUGUAAAUGACUUUCAAAUUAUCUCGUGGUGCUAUGUGAUUGGUGAGUAAUCUCAUGAUCAUAAAUGACUGACGAAUUAUCUCGCAGUGCUAAACGACUGACGAAUCACCUCGGCCUGAUGGACGAAUGACGAAUGACUCUCGCUGUUACAGACGAACGGUCCCGAUUGCUAAUCGAGUGACGAAUAUUCUUUUUCUUGUUAACGACCUAAAACAAAUGAUG